CCCAGCCCGCAGAAGCUCCCUCAGCGAGGCCAUCAGAGGACCAGCCAGAAAAGAGAGAAGCAACUCCAGACGCCCCUGGAAAUAACCUCUCAGACGACACCCACCCAGCAAGCAGCCAGCAGAUUCUCUCCCUCUAACACACACUGCCCCAGGCCUCACCAUCUUCCGACUGAACUUGAGCUCCUCUGUAAAGGACACCAUGAGCACUGAAAGCAUGAUCCGGGAUGUGGAACUGGCCGAGGAGGCACUCCCCAAGAAGGCAGGGGGCUCCCAGGGCUCCAGAAGGUGCUUGUGCCUCAGCCUCUUCUCCUUCCUCCUUGUCGCAGGAGCCACCACACUCUUCUGCCUGCUGCACUUUGGGGUGAUUGGCCCCCAGAGAGAAGAGUUAUUGAAUGGCCCCCAGAUAUUCAAUCCUCUGGCUCAGACUCUCAGAUCAUCUUCUCAAACACCAAGCAACAAGCCAGUGGCCCAUGUUGUAGCAAACCCCCAAGCUGAGGGGCAGCUCCAGUGGCUUAGCCGGCGCGCCAAUGCCCUCCUGGCUAAUGGCGUGAAGCUAACAGACAACCAGCUGGUGGUGCCGUCCGAUGGACUGUACCUCGUCUACUCCCAGGUCCUCUUCAAGGGCCAAGGCUGCCCUUCCACCCAUGUGCUCCUCACCCACACCAUUAGCCGCUUGGCCCUCUCCUACCAGACCAAGGUCAACCUCCUCUCUGCCAUCAAGAGCCCUUGCCAGUUGGAGACCCCAGAGGGGACUGAGGGCAAGCCCUGGUAUGAGCCUAUCUAUCUGGGAGGGGUCUUCCAGCUGGAGAAGGAUGAUCGACUCAGCGCUGAGAUCAAUCUGCCUGACUAUCUUGACUUUGCCGAGUCUGGACAGGUCUACUUUGGGAUCAUUGCCCUGUGAGUGGGUGGAACUCCCAUCCUCUCCCAUCUCAAUCCUUUUGUUAUCCACUCCUUCAGACCCCUUCAUUCCCUUCUGGCUUAGAAAAAUAAUUCGCGGCUCAGGGCCAGGCCCCAAGCUUAGAACUUUAAACAACACUUAGAAACCUAGAAUGGAGGGAUGGGUGACCUGGACAUUGGGACACUGGCCACCACCCAGAACUCAAAAUGGGGCUUCCAGAACUUACCGAGGGUCCCAGGUUUGGAUGUCUGAAUGCAACCUGGGAUACCUGGAAUGUGGGGGCCAGGGAACCUUUGAUUCUGGCUGGAACACUUCAGAGCAUCCCUUGAGAAGAUGAUGUGAGUAGACCUCAGGCCUCCCUUCUUCAAAUGUCCAGACUCUUCACUGAGAUGGAGAACCCAGCCCCUCCCCUUCAGGGCCAGCUCCCUCUAUUUAUGUUUGCACUUGUGAUUAUUUAUUAUUUAUUUAUUAUUUAUUUAUUUACUGAUGAAUGUAUUUAUUAAGGAGGUCAGGGCGUCCUGGGAAACCCAGCGUAGGUGCUGCCUUGGCUCAGACAUGUUUUCUGUGAAAACGGAGCUGAACUGUAGGCUGUUUCCAUCUGGCCCACGGGCCUCUGUGCCUCCUUUUGCUUAAGUUUUUAAAAGUAUUUAUCUGAUCAAGUUGUCUAAAUAAUGCUGAUUUGGUGAUUGACUGUCACUACAUCGCUGAACCUCUGCUCCCCAGGGGAGUUGUGUCUGUAACCGCCCUACUGGUCAGUGGCGUGAAAUAAAAUAAAAUGUGCUUA